GAAAACUCCCACGCACUUCUGCCAAUCGUUUGUUUGAGGACUGGCUCCACAGCCAGCACAGGGGCUUGGGUUUGUCUUAGCAGCUUGAGUUCCUGGAAAAGACAGAACAACAGGAUUGGAGUCUAAUCAUUUUCAGGAAGGAACUUCCGAAUCUCCGUCAGUAUUUUGACAGGUUAUGAAAUGUCGGAGCGGCUGGUCCUCGGUCUCCUGGUCAUCUGGGUGGCCCGGGUAACGGGUGACUGUGUCAAGCCUCCACAGCUGGCUAAUGGUGCUCUAUCUAACCAAUUCCUUGCUCGGACCUCAUUUCCUGUCGGAACCGUCGUCACUUAUAAAUGUCUCCCAGGUUAUACGUUUGCGGAAGGAUCUUCAAGAUCCAUUACUUGUCGGGCAGAUUCGACCUGGUCUCCUUUACGGGCCAGAUGUGAACCAAGAGACUGUGAUAAUCCAGGAGAGAUUCUGAAUGGGUAUUUUGAGGCCGAUGCUACCACACUGGGGAGUAAAGCUGUGUUUCAUUGUGACAUUGGUUUUCAGAUUGUUGGUCGAAACUACCGCGUAUGCGAGGCUAGUGGAUGGACUGGCCAGGUCCCAACAUGUGAAAUUGUCACAUGUGAUGAUCCUCCACCUAUCAGUAAUGGCAAAGCUACAAGACCAUUCAGUAGCGACAUGUGGACAUACGGGAUGAUUGCAGAAUAUUUGUGUAAUGAUGACUACUUGUUAAUUGGCACAAAAUGCCUUAACUGCCAGGGAGAUGGAACAUGGGACAACAAACCACCUGAGUGCAAAGCUGUUGGAUGUCCCAGUCCUGCCACACCUGAGAAUGGCUACAUUGAAAGCGGAUUUGGACACCGCAAGUACAAACAUCAGGACGAGGUAGUCUUCCGCUGCCAGGAAGGUUUUGAAAUGGUUGGUGAGAGUAUCAUUAAAUGCAGUGAGGACAACAUCUUCGUGCCAUCACCACCUACUUGCAAACCACAAAUUUCUCCAAUCAACAUUUUUAAACAAAUGAUUGGAGUGGGACGUCAAAUCGUUAACAAGGAAGAAAAUGUAAUUAAGGCAAAAUAUCAGCUUCUUGAAAGUGAAAGUGAUAUUCUGCGGCUGAAGGAAGAUCUUCUUGACAAAGCAGAGCAGUAUAUGGAUGAAAACCAUAAUGUUUAAAAUUUCCUAAACUGUAACCAAAAUCAUACCAGUUUCAAUUACUAAUCCAAUAUUAUAUAUCAAAAUCAUAAUCACAUUAAUGAACUCAAAUUAUACAUGUAAUCUGUUCUAAUUAAUCAUAAUAUUAGAAUUUGUUAUUGGAAAUAUUUGUCUUUCUCUAUAUGGGCUAAAUAGAAUUGUUGGGAUGAAUUUAACAAAAAAUGAGGAAUGUGCAAAAGAAUGUUUUUUUUAAAAUAAAACUUUAUAUAUGUU